UUCAUUCUCGUUCUGCGUGCGACCUCAUCUCUCUCUCACUUAUCUUCUUCUCCUUCACGAUACCUAUCCGCCGCCCCUACAGUCUUGUCCCCGUUCACCUCCCACCAUCGUCCCCGCCGUCAGCUUCUUCUUCUCCGUGCACCGUCCGAAGAAACCUAGAGGAGUCCGAGCCGCAUCCAGCGAAGCCUUCCUGCUGGUUGCGAGCCGGUGUUCCUCCAUCCACCGUCUGUGUCCUCUGUCCGUCGAACUCCAAGCGCAGCCGCUCGCCGUCGUGACCCAUUCUCCAUCCUUCGAAGGCGUCAAGACAGGGAUCCGUGGUUUCAUCUUCAACCCGAGCCAAGAUCUCUGUCAAUCUAAGCUGAAACGCUCGUCAAGCCAUCUCUCAGUCCCGAGCCACGCGUGCACCGGUAACCUGCCGUCCGAGCCGAUCGUUCUUCUCCUUUAGCCGCGCGCGCCGAGUUGCUUUCCAAGCCGAGCCGCCAGCUAGUCUCUUACCUUGUUCCUUCAACCAUUUAAGCUCUUUGGUGCUAUUGGAGGAGUAGCACUUGAGUUCCUGGAGUUUUGGAGUGGGGUUUAAGUCUCUAGUGAUUGGUGGUUAUAUGGCUGAUGAUAAAGUUGACAUUAUUAGGCCCUUAGUAGAAGCAAGUACAAACAGUUUUAAGAUAGAAAAAGCGGAUAGACUCAUAUUAAGGGGUUUAAAGUUUCACGGUUAUCAUGGAGUACAUCUUCAAGAAAAGGAAACGGGACAAACUUUUUUGGUGGAUGUGGAUGCUUGGUUGGAUCUCCGGGCAGCUGGAAAAUCUGACGACUUGAGUGAUACUGUAAGCUACACAGCAAUUUAUCGCAUAGCAAAGGAAGUUAUGACUGGACCAUCACAUGAUCUUCUGGAAUCAACUGCGGAGGAAAUUUCUUCAAAAAUUAUGAUUCAUUACGACCGAGUAACUGCAGUUAGAGUAAAAGUUGCUAAGCCGGAUGUUGUUGUUGGUGGGCCCAUUGACUACUUAGGUGUUGAAAUUUUUAGAAGUAGAGAUAGAGAUAUGUCAAUUUAACGAUCUGGUUGGUUCAAGCUAUUGCUGUACUUGCUUAAUGUUUUGAAAAAAGCAUGUGUAAAAGUUGACAUAACGUUAGUUUGUUAUCUUUUAGCUCUUGAUGUCUGGAACUGAUUUUAAAAUUGGGUCUUUAUUACCUAAAAGAAGAUUUGUAAUAAAUUAUCAUUGAUCAUUGAACUUUA